UCCCUGGUCCUCUGGACUGCUGUUGUUGAGAAGACCAAGACAGCAAGAAAAGAAGCCUCGAAAUUCUUCUUGUGGUCACAUGAGGCAUAAGUCAACAAUCCAAGCUGGUGAAUCUGCGGGAUCGUUGCGCGGCACACCCCCAGCCUUCGGCCACACAAUUUGCCGAGCCCGCGUCUUACCGUCUUUACUCUGGCAUCCCUUCUUCUCAACGUUUCCCCUGCUACAUGCGUUCAUCUGGAGUGCAGGAGAUAUAUGUGACAUUCGGACAAAUCUAUCUAGUGGCUAAAGGUGUCGACCUCGUAAAAUCUUUGUUUUCGACUUUCAGAGGAGGAAUGCUACACAACUGCCACAUUUUCUAAGAGAUUCUUUGUGGUGAGCCGCGAGGGAAAUGCUGCUGCUGAGUUUAACCACGCUGCUGGUGCUUUUGGAGAGAAGUCAUGGGACGAAGAAGGGCCCGCCCAUGAGGUCCAUGUGUUGUCCGGGGGUACAGGGGCCACAGGGCCCUAGGGGGAGUACUGGUCCUGCUGGUCCACCGGGACCGCCAGGGUACACAGGCGAGAAGGGGGACCCUGGACAGCCGGGAAUGAUGGGUCUUUCAGGACGGCAGGGUCCGAUGGGUCCAAAAGGUCCGAAAGGUCCACCGGGAAGACAAGGUGACGAUGGCUUGCCAGGUCUUCAAGGACUUCCAGGAUUGAAGGGACACAAAGGUGACAGUGGAACACCUGGCUUUCCUGGACUCAAGGGGCAUAGGGGUUUUCCCGGACAAAAUGGCCGUCCUGGCGACGACGGAAAAUCUGGUUCCCCGGGCAGACCAGGGGACAUGGGGCCACCUGGCCUACCCGGGAAACAAGGUUUUCCAGGAGCCAAAGGCCAUGCCGGCACACCGGGCCCAGCCGGUCCUGCAGGUGUUCCUGGACAGCGUGGCCAACGAGGAGAGCCUGGACUGAAGGGUCCACCAGGUCCUGGAGGAUUGCCGGGAUACCCGGGACCACCGGGUGAGAAGGGUCUAGAUGGUAAAAAGGGUGACCGAGGUUACUCCGGGACUCCAGGGAAGGCUGGUCCGCCAGGCCCCGCGGGGCGCCCGGGAGGUCCAGGAUCCGCGGGGAUACCAGGACAAGAUGGAAAAGACGGAGAGAAAGGACAAGCCGGUCACAAGGGACCGCCUGGCUUCAUGGGGCCCAUAGGUCCAGCAGGUCCACCGGGCCCUUCUGGAGAAAGAGGUACACCAGGAGCUCCGGGUAGACCGGGCGAACCGGGAAAUUCUGGCAGAGCCGGGUAUCCUGGGUUAAAGGGAGAAUCUGGACCUCCUGGAGAUCCAGGAAUGAUGGGGAGACCGGGAAAGUCCCUCAGAGGACCCGAGGGUCCGCCGGGACCACCAGGUCCACCAGGAUUGGGGCUUGAGGGACCUCAGGGACUACCAGGACCCCCUGGACAGGUUAAGACUCUGAAGGGCCCCCCUGGUCCACCUGGACCACCUGGAGGUAGAGGGCCGUCGGGAGGUCCGGGGGCACUCGGUGAACCAGGAAGACCUGGUGUGGGACUCCCUGGUGGACCGGGACCGAAGGGAGAGCGGGGUUCUCCUGGUAUUGGAGAAAUUGGACCAGUGGGCCCAGAGGGUCCCAGCGGUAGACCAGGAGAGCCAGGAGAACCCGGACAGAGAGGAUCGCCAGGCCCUCCAGGAGCGUCAGGAUUACCAGGAGCCAAGGGAGAAAGUGGGUUGGCCGGUGUGGGGCUCCCUGGACCACCUGGAGCAAGAGGACCGAUCGGCCCAGCUGGAGUUGGUAUCAAGGGAGACAGGGGACUGGACGGUCUGAUGGGACCUCAGGGGCCACCCGGCUUUGGUCAGAAGGGUGAGCGUGGAGCUCCUGGAUUCCGUGGACCUCGUGGUGAUUCAGGUAUCCCUGGAUCCCAAGGUCGCCAGGGUCCCCCUGGUGUCAGUCUGGGACUGUUGGCCCGUCAUAGCCAGAACACAACGGUACCCAAUUGUCCACCCGGCAUGAGACAGCUCUGGUCAGGCUUCAGUCUGCUCCACGUUGAAGGCAACGAGAGAGCACACAAACAGGAUCUGGGACGUGCUGGGUCCUGCCUCCCCAGGUUCAGUACAAUACCCUUCAUGUCCUGUGAGCCUGACGACACCUGUAACUAUGCGAGCAGAGAUGACAAGACUUACUGGCUGUCUACAGUGGAGACCAGCGCGGAGAAGCCACUAAUACCUGUCAGGGGUCUGGAGAUUAAGAAAUUUGUAAGCAGGUGCUCCGUUUGUCAGACGCCUGAGGUGGUUCUAGCCCUGCACAGCCUGGACGCCGAUUUUUACCCUGACUGUCCUCCGGGCUACAUCAGCCUCUGGACCGGCUACAGCUUCCUCAUGCACACAGCCGCUGGUGAAGGCGGUGGCCAGGAGCUGACCAGUCCCGGAAGUUGUCUUCAGUACUUCCGGCCCGUACCCUUCAUCGAAUGCCAAGGCUCCCUGGGAACGUGUGACAUCAUCGGCAACUCUUUAAGCUUCUGGUUAACGGAUGUGCCUGAAGAUGAAGUACAGCAGUUCCAGCGGCCUCAAGCACAGUCCGGAACCAUAUUUACCAUGAGAAACCUCCUUAGUAAAUGCCGUGUAUGUAUGGCUACAGAUGUGUAAUGUAUCUCAUGUAUAUGGUACAAAACUACACCCUAUCUAAAGCAUAUUGAAUGUAAUAGAAUAGAAAGCAUACAUCUAUUUGUUAUGCGAUGUUAUACUUGUUUCCACCUGUAACCGUCAAUAACCUUUCGGUAAUCCUUGAUCUCACGGCUGUAUCUGCAGAAAUUGUGGCGAUGCAACAUCUCAGUAAAAUAGUGUUAUAUUAAGACGCUUUAUUGUUUGAAAGUGUAGUGAAGUGACCACGUGUAAGACCACUUGAUGCGAGGUUCUUAGAUUCACAUUUAGAGUUCACCACACACUUGAUAUUGGUGCUAUGGGUUCUUACGAAUUCAAAUUUUUAUCAUUACUUGGUGCUCGCAGUAAUGCAUUAUUGCCUUUGACGUAAUUGAUCUCUACUAGCCAAAGUAGGCUUGAGAGGCGAGAAAAUCGUCACUGUUGUCACUAUCUUAAAAAGUUGUGUACUAUAGAGUCAUACUUGUUUGAAGAUGACAAAAUAAGGUUAACUACAUACGUUUAAGUACUGUUUACUGUCCUUUAUUUCUGAUUUUUGUUAGGACUAUGGAGUAAGUUAAAAUCUUAUUAGUCAGUAUACGUUUUGAGAGAAAACUUUGCUGACCAAUUGCUCACGUGUGGCAAUAACAGCGUUACGGCUCAGCCUUCCGCGCCGUUGACAGUUGAACGACUUUCAAAAAAAAUACGCAUUGUUUAGCUUCUAAUCUUUGGACGCUUAAUAACAUGCAAUAUGACAAUGAUCUAUUUAUAGCAAUUUUAGAUGCUUGUCCUCCAUGAUUGUCUGGAUAGCCUUGCAUUUCAAAGACGCAAAAGAGGCAAAAGAGAAAUGCUUGCAGCACAAUAGGCGAUAAUACCCUCCAAGCGUUUGCUGUUGAAAUGAUUUUUCAGCAUGCUAUACUCGAGCCUAAUUCAGUCAAGUGUAAAAAAAAUCCAUUGUAAUGUGUAAAGCGCAUAAGCAGAUGGCACCGAUACCUCUUUGGAUGUAUUCUAAUAAAUAUCUUUUCAACAA